AUGGCGCAGUACGCAGGCUUCGUAAAGUCAUACAAUGAAGCCAAAGGUUGGGGCUUCAUUGAAUGUCCUCAGACGCAGGCUAUCUAUGGCAAGGACAUCUUCGUCUUGAGGAGCGCGUUGUCGGGCGGUGGCCAGGGAGACCAGGUCAUGUUCAAUGUUGUAGACCACGGGCGAGGGCCACAGGCCAGCGACGUUGUGGUGCUAGGGUCGGCGAGACCUGCUACACCUCUGGGAGCUGUGAACGGGCCCAUGAACGGACAUGGAUAUACUCAGCAAAUGCAGCCGAUGCCGACAGCGCGAUCGGCCCCGAUGACUCUAUACAGCCACACUGUGAAUCAGCAUGCAGGCUCCAGCAUGGUUGGAACGGUGAAGUCCUACAAUGCCGAGAAAGGCUGGGGCUUCGUCACAAGUCCUGAGGUGGUGGAGAUGUACGGCAAGGACGUCUUCUUCAUGAAGUCCUCCGUGGUCGGCGGUGUCAUCGAGAGGAACCAGCAAGUUUCCUUUACUGUGGUGUCCGGGACAAAGGGCAUGCAGGCCGAGAAAGUUUGCCCACUUUCCCCAGCUGCGAUGCCUGCGAUUCCUCGUGUCUCAGCCUUUCCUGCGACGAGGGCGCCUCCACCGCUGAUGAUUCCGGUUGUUCCUCAGAUGCCGCGCAUGCUGGCGCCGCCUGCAGCUGCAAGGCCUGCGCCUGACCAACUCUUCUUUGGAGCUGUGAAAGGUUACAAUGAAGAGAAGGGCUGGGGACACAUCUCCUGCGAGGCUGCUAAAGCAGUUUACGGCAAGGAGGUUUUUCUCCACAGGGGCGCACUCGGUGACGCUGUGGUGGAGCCUGGAACACUUCUAGCCUUCAAGGUCAUGGUGGCACCCAAGGGUCCGCAGGCCUGUGAAGUGUCUGUGCUGCCUGCCGAAACCUUCCAGUUUGAAGGGCAGCCAGGAAGACAGUUCGUCGGCACCGUCAAGAUGUUCAAUGUCGAAAAGCGCUGGGGUUUCGUCACUAGCGACGAGAUCACUGCCUUGUUCUCUGGCAAGGACAUCUUUCUGCACCAGAAUGCUCUACAAGAUGCCAGCCUUCCGCAGGUGGGACAGGAGGUCAGAUUCAGCAUCGAAGUCGGGGAGAGCGGCAAACUUCAGGCCAAGGAGGCGAUCCUGGAGGGUGUGGGCCUCUCUGCCAGCGAGGAUGCAGGUUUCUCUCCGGUGCGACCGCCGGGCGUUCCUUCUGAAAGGGCAGCUCCUUACUACUCAAAGUCGCACCUCUCUGCAGCCGAGGCAUUGGUUGUUACGGAGGUCAGGAUGUCCAUUUCGGCAGUGCCUGCCGGUUAUUGCGCUGGGCAGGUGAUGCCCACAACGCUGCCAGUAAUGCCGGGCUCACAUUGCUCGGCACCCGGAACCUACAUGGCGGCACCAAUGCCCAUGAGCAACUGA